ACAUUUUGCGAGACGACUCAUUGUUUUGGUCAAUUCUAAAUACAAUUAAAAUAAAAAGUCUAAAUAGUAAACACAAUAAAUAAAUAAAAUUAAUUCUACGGCUGACAAUCUCAAAAACAGGUGUAGAUAGAUACACAUUACACACACAUACAGAGAGCGAGAGGCAAAUUGAUUUUGAUGUUUGAGAGAGAGAGAGAGAGAGAGAAACUGUAUAAAAGGAAAAGGGUGGAGAGGGUGUGGGGGAAUCCACAAGCAGAUCUGUCGAGUACUUUCGAAACUAUCAAGUUACCAUAGAAAGUUCUGACAAGAGAGAGAAAGAAGAGAGAGAGAGAGAGAGAGAGAGAGAGAGAGAGAGAGAGAGGCUAUCCUUGUAGAUACUUUUUGCGGCAUCGCCAUUCCUUCUUUCCUAAUUGCUUAGUUCUCAACGAGGAUAAACAAUUACGUUUGCAAUUAAACACACACACACACACAGAGUCGGAAUACAGCUGUACGCAUAGAAGCAUAGAAUCACUCUACAAAAUCCAGUCUUGCAUUGACCCUUGGGAAUACCGAUUCGAUACGAACACACACUCCGUGUGUGUGUAUGUGUGUGUUGAAUGGUGUAAAAGAAAGAGAGAGAGAAAAAAAAUGUUGGAAGUAAGAGAGGGGAAGAGGUGCUAUCCGGAUUCGGUGGUGGGAGUGAAUGUGGGUCUGGCUUUUGUUGAUUGUGUGAUUGCAUUUCUUGCUUUCUAUCAGUUGAUCAGAAUUCAUUCAAGGAAUUCACAGCUUGGAUGGACGCGUCAAAAGGUCUUCCAUCUAAUGAUCGGAUCCUCCAAUCUGGGUUAUUUCCUUUAUUUUGUGUUAACUCUAGUUGCUGCUUGUAAGGGUUGGAGUUGCUGGUCACAUUCCUGUGGUUUUAUUGCCAUGGCCUUCCCCAAAAUUCUGUUUGUUGCAGCAUUUCUUCUACUCUUGUCCUUCUGGGUUGACCUUUGUCAUCACUCACACGACGAUGAUGAAGAGGAAGGGUGGAGCCCACAAGAAGCACUGCUGGAAAAGAUGAAUAGAACCGAUUCUAAGUCCUAUAGUUGCCGAAGAUGUUGCACAUUUCGGUCAAUCAGUGUAGGCAGCCGUCAAAAAAUUGUGAUUCUGGUUUCUAUUUUAGUAUUUGGAAUAAUGAUGGCAUCUUCCAUGCUGAUGUGGAUUGGUACAAGAAAGAGUCCUCUCGAUUCUGCAGUCGUUGCUCAGGUAUACGUAGAUUUCAUAGCCGUAGUUGUUCUUAUUCUGGGAGGAGCCUUGGCAUGCUAUGGACUCGUAUUGUUCUUGAAAAUGAGAAAAGUGAGAUCCGAGCAGGUUUCAUCUGAAAUGCGAAAGGUUGCUGGUUUGGCCAUUGUCUCUGUUGUUAGUUUUACAUCAAGUGCUUUGGUUGCAAUAACUACAAACAUACCCUUGUUUUAUCACUGGCAUGAACAGCAGAUAAAUGGUGUCUACACCUCCCUUCUACUGGUUGUGUAUUAUUUCAUAGGUACGUCAGUGCCUUCAGCCUUUGUAUUGUUUGUGAUGAGAGAAUUACCACCUCCAGUUGUGAAGAGCAACAGACAAGAAGAAUCUAGAACUAUAACCUUCAUGAGUGAUGUUCCAGUAGCGACUCAUCCGCAGCGAUGGACCGCUGCAACUAGCGUGCAGAAUCAGGUUUCAAGAGCAAGCCCCAUCUGAUCUGAUAUCAUCUUCCAUGAGAGAGAGAGAGAGAGAGAGAGAGAGAGAGAGAGAGAGAGAGAGAGAGAGAGAGAGAGAGAGAGAGAGAGAGAGAGAGAGAGAGAGAGAGAGAGAGAGCAGCCGCAAGAUUGCCUCUGUCUGCCUUUAUUUGUACAUAUAGCAGCAUUACUUGAAACUUGUUUUGAAAUAUUUCCAAAGUUAGUCAAUAUAUGGCAGCUGUUGAUUUGUUGUAAA